AUGUCAAACAGGUUUAUUAUGUGCAAUAUCCACCACCGCAAUAUUGACAAACGUGGUUGGGCUAUUGCAAUACAAACCAAGCCUAGAGGUCGCAUUGACCCAAAUGAGGUUGAGGAAGAUGUCGCCUACCAACUUGACCAAAUGUCACAACCACAACAAAUUAUUGAAGUUGAACGUAUAACCACAUUGCACGACCCUGAUGUCAUGAUAGAAGAAGGUUCAGAAUGUCGUGAUAAAGGAAAGGGAGUAGCAAGGCCUAAAAAGAGGGAACGAAAGGCACCAAAGUAUGUACUUAGGGUGCAUGCUACACUACCUAUCACUGCUGCCCCUAGUUCAUCAUCUGUGGGGCCUUCUCCUACCCCUGUUGUACACCCUCUUCCUACCCAUGUAGUACACCCUCCUCCUACCCCUACAAUAUACCCUCCUCUUACCCCUAUAACAAAUAUUCUUCCUCCUCCUGUGAUUAUUACCCUCACUCCUCCCCCCAUGAUUAUUACCCCUACUUCUCCCUCUGACCCUACUUAUAUACCUUCCUCAUCUUCUAUACCGCCUUAUGAGACUGCCACACCAUCUGUUGAUCCAGAUUUAGCUGGUGAUGGUGAUGGUGUUAACCCGCCCCUCCAUGAUCGACCAUGGAUUGAGCCAUAUGGUUUAUUCCAUCCAAG